CGAUGUUUUUCUCUUCUUCAAUUUUCCUUCUCGCGGCCGCUGCGUCGGUCCAGGCCGCAAUUUUUGACGUUCAAGUAGGCAGCUUCAACGGGACUACGGCAUUCACACCAGAUGUGAUCCCGUCCGCACAAAUCGGGGACCAGGUCGUGUUUACCUUCCAGCAAAAGAAUCACUCUGCGACGCAGUCGACGUUUGCUGCCCCGUGCACCCACAUGGCCGGAGGCUUUGACUCUGGCUUCCACCCCGUUGCCGCGAAUCAGACUGACAACUUCCCGACCUUCACGGUCACUGUCAACAAUUCCAGUCCAGUAUGGGUCUUCUGUGACCAAGACGCCAAUACCCCCGCCAGCCACUGCGGUGCUGGAAUGGUGUUCGCCAUAAACCCCGGCCCUGACGGUUCUAACAACUCCUUCACGGACUUCCAAAACACUGCACUCGCAAUUGGUAAGCAGCUCCAGGCGGAAGGGUCAUCGACUGCCAAUAGUCUCCCCGCGUCCUUGACCACUGCGGCUUACGGCACGGCCACGAUCCCGGCGGCCCCAUUGGAGAGUCUUGUCACCGUCACCGUCACCGUCGAGGCUUCAACAUGGACCACUGUCUACUCAUCUUACCCUGGAUCGCCUGCUGCUACCCCAGCAUCCCUUACCGGUAAUGUGCACGUCGUCCAGGUCGGUUUCAACGGCACCCUCGCGUAUGACCCGCCGUUCGUUAUCGCGGAACCUCGUGACACUGUCCAGUUCUUAUUCAACCCGAAGAACCACACUGUGACUCAAUCGUCUUUCGCUGCUCCUUGCGUACCCAUGCUUGAUUCUGAUGGUACUCCCACCGUCGACUCUGGAUUCAUGCCUGUCGCUGCCAAUGCCACCGACUUCCCGUCAUUCAACAUCACCGUGAACACCACUGACCCGACGUGGUUCUACUGCAAGCAGCACAACGCUGACGGUAGCUCGCACUGCGGCGACGGCAUGGUCUUCGCCAUCAACCCGGUGCAGAACUCGACGCGCAACUUCACCGCCUUCCAGCAGCUCGCGGAGGCGCUAAACGGUACCAACGCGACCGGCCUUACGGUUAACUCAACCUCGAGUAGCUCACCCUCGCCGUCGUCCAAACCGAACGGCGCAAUAUCCAGCGUCGGCGUGAACCUGGCGCUCGGCCUGGGCGCCAUCUCCGCGAUCUUCGCCGCCAUGCUCUAGUCUCGCGACCCGUUAGAUGACUCUCGUUCUCUUCUUGGACAGUGCCGCUGUGUUACCUGGUGUUUCUUGAUACCCCGCAGAGCGCCUGCUUUAAUAACCUUGUGUAGCCUCUAUUGUACUUCGCUCCCUUAUUUCGUGUGAAGAGCGUCUUGACGACCCUUGUAUUGCUGCUUCAUGUAUAUGGACUUUAUUUAUUUCGGCUGAAUGACAUACAUUGCUGCCAUA